AACGGAUGCUAGCGUUGUACGCGUGUCAUUGGACCAUUGGUUAAGUCAGGUUUGAGUCAGUGUUAUAAAAAGCUACACUUCUCACCACCUCCCAUGCCUUUCUCUCUUGAAGUAGACUCAAAGCCAUCGUCAGAUCUCAGAUCUCAGCUCUCCAUUUCAAGCCAUGGCCGAGAAGGGCAAGGAAAAGGUAACUAUGAUGAAGUUGAAGGUGGAUCUUGAUUGCGCCAAGUGUUACAAGAAGGUCAAGAAGGUUCUUUGCAAAUUCCCUCAAAUCAGAGAUCAAAUAUUUGAUGAAAAGUCCAACAUGGUCAUCAUCAAGGUGGUCUGCUGCAGCCCUGAGAGGAUCAUGGACAAACUCUGUUCUAAAGGUGGCGGCUCUAUCAAGACCAUCGAGAUCAUCGAACCACCAAAGCCGCCUCAGCCACAACCCCAACCUCCUCCCCAAAAGCCCAAAGAUGCUCCCAAAGCUCCUGAGAAACCUAAGGAGCCUGAGAAACCUAAAGAUCCUGAAAAGCCGAAGCAACCUGAAAAGCCUAAAGAAUCCGAAAAGCCUAAACAACCUGAAAAACCAAAAGAACCUGAAAAGCCUAAGCAACCAGAGAAGCCUAAAGAACCCGAGAAACCUGCUGCACCCAAAGCAGCACCAGCACCUGCUCCAGCACCAGCACCUGCUCCAGCACCAGCACCUGCACCAGCACCUACUCCAGCUCCCGCACCUGCUCCAGCUCCCGCUCCGGCCCCGAAGCAGCCUGGACCGCCGCCACCACAGAUGGUGCCAAUAAUGCCGCAGGGGCAGCCAGCAGCCAUGUGUUGUGGGCCCUACUAUGGUGGCUAUGGAUGUGGGCCAGCGUUCAAUGGAUAUGGAAUGCCGCCGCCUCAACCGUAUGAAUGCUAUGGCCGACCAGUCUACGAUAGCUGGGGAGGAGGACCACCACCUAGUUACCGACAAUGCCACGUCACCAGAUGCGAUUACUUCAGCGAAGAGAACCCACAAAGCUGCUCCAUCAUGUGAUAUGACUCAUCCCCUUUUCACUCUCUUUAUAUCCAUACUUUUCUUCAAAUCUUUCUUUUUUCUUUCUAAUACAAAUAAUGAAAAGAAUAUAUAUAGAGAUGUUUAUGUAUAAUGUUGUGAUAGUAAAACGAAUAAGGAAGGAAGGAUCUUUGUAUUUUGUAAAAUGGUAGCCAUUUCCAUUUCGGUUGUCCAUUUUGAACCUGUAACUGUAAACAUUACAGAAUUUUUACAUUUUCUUAUAUAAAAAAUCAAUAACAGUAUCUCGCUUUAUCAA